UUUUGUCAACCGUGUGAAUCGGAUUUAGACACAGUGUCGUCUUGCGAUUUCCCUUCUACUUCGGACAUCGUUUCAUGCUUCUGACCUUCUCUUUCUCUCUCUAGACCCUCUGUCUCUUUCUCUCUCUAACUCUGUCAGACCAUCACCGAGUAAAACUAGUUAAAUUACUUCGAAGAUCAAUCCAUUAAAGGGAUAAUUCCAAUUCCUUCCUUUGACCACUGGAACAUCAUUUCUCUUACUCUUUCUACUUUGUAGGGUUUUCCUUUUAUCCUUUUCUUCAUCGGGUUCCUUCUACCUAUAUAGGUUUCUCUCUCUGUCUCUGAUCUUCUUCUCGUUUCUGUUGGCUCUACCUUCGAUCAAAUUUCCUUUGAUUCAGUUGUGUUCUGUUAAUUAAUGGAGGGUUUCACUUCGGCUGUCGAGAAUCCUGUCGAAUUGCCGCCAAUGCCUCCAGGACCAGGAGCCGAUCAAGAUGGAUACGAAGAAGACGCAUGUAGCAUUUGCCUGGAGCCUUUCUCUUCUGCUGAUCCUGCUACUGUUACCAAUUGCAGGCACGGGUAUCAUCUUCAGUGUAUUCUUGACUGGUCACAAAGAAGCAAAGAGUGCCCAAUUUGCUGGCAAUUGCUUGUCUUGAAGGAUCCUGCCAGUCAGGAGCUUCUUGCGGCAGUGGAAAUCGAGAGGAAUUUAAGAUCAAGGCAAAGAUCAUCUGAUACUCGCCUUCUUGUUGAAGACUCUCAAUUCAGCCAUGAUGCACCCUACUCAGAUGAGUCAGAUUUUGAAGAGCAUAUCAUGCGACAUCUAGCUGCUGCUGGCCUUGGCAGGCCACAUUAUGGUAGGAGGGAGAGGCGCAGAACUUCUGGCAUGGGUCCAUCCCAAAUCUUUGUUUUUACCUCUCCUGCAAAUGUAUCUGAUGUUCAGGAGACACACACAACUACACCAACAGAAACAAAUCAUAUGUCAUCCCCUGAUGCUUCUCCAGAAACUAUUUUACCUUCUGCCAUUGAUGAUCGGCCGCCAUCAUCUCCGCGUUCUUCACGUGAAAAUAUGCGUUCUGAAGCUUUGGACCAUAGAUAUGGUCAUUUGAGAUCUGGUGUUCUUCAUAGCCAGACGCCACCCAGCAUUCCCCAAAGUUCUCAUUCAUCUGAGCUACUCUCCUUCUCAGAAUCGAUUAAAUCCAGAUGGUCUGCUGCCUCUGCCAAAUAUAAAGAAUCAAUCUCGAGAAGUACGAGAGGUUUCAGGGAGAAGCUAUUGGCCCGAAAUAGCACAGUUAAGGAGCUGAGCAGGGACGUUCAGCGUGAGGUGAGUGCUGGUGUUGCUCGCAUGAUGGAGCGUCUAGAGCCUAUAGCAAAGCGCACCGGAGGUUCUGCACCUCCUUCCGGAUCUAAUGAAGGGACCUCAGGUUAUUCAUACAAUGGAAAGAGUGUGCAGGAGAGCCUAAUUAUUCAGUCUCAAGAUAGAAAUGAUGUGGAGACUGUUCAUGGUACAAAUUCCAAUGCACCUUUUCAUGUCUCAGAAAGCAUUUCUUCUGUCCCUGGCCAUUCAGAAGUUCAUCAAGCACAGGACAUACUGUGAUGCUUUAGAGCCUGGAUGGGUGUGAGCUUCGUGAUAUUUACAUAGUGGCAUACAAAAUGUAAAUCAACCCCCCAUAUUCAGAGAGUUGAUCGGUCCAGUGUCCUGGAUAUGUGGGGUUGAUUUACAUUUACUCUAAUGGAGAGGAGAAAAAAAUCGCGCUCUGCAUAUAUAGAUAUAAUAUUGGUUGAGUUAUUUUCUGGUUUAACAGUUACUGUUGUCUUUAUUAAGCAAUGUGAGGAGAUAUAUAUAGGCCUUUAGAAAACGUGCACCGGAGGAAUCCUGCUCCCCCUUGCUUCUGUUGUUGGAUUUUCUCUUCUAAAAAAGAACUGGUAAAGUGCCUUGCUUUCCUUGUGCUUAGUAUUAUUACUUGAGACUUAUUGUAUUCCACAUUCCACUAGCCUAAACUUGUUGACAUA